AUGGUGGGAAGACGGGAGAUCCUUGAUGCCGUCAAGACCCAAGUACCUUGCGAGGCGACACAACUCACCCAAGAUGCUGGAUCGGGCGCUGCCUGCACGAUUAUGGCCCUGAAGCGCAGAGAUGUGAUCCUCUCUGCUAUCGCCGUCUUCAUUGCCUGGGGCUACUUGACUCACUGGCAGCCCAAAUUGCACUACCUGCCCUACGCCUUUGUCGCCGGAGUCUUUGCGAGCCUUGCCCUAUCAGCAUGGCUUAUGUUCACGACUGCUUGGAAUCCGAAACUCCGGGAGGGCGGCGAGAUUAACUAUGGCCCUCGCCAUGUCGCCUUUGUGGCGCCAGAGAGGUGGAAGGCUGAGAAGGAAGCAUUGGACCAGCGGAACAUGUACAUGAUGGAGCCGCUAUAUCCCGCCUCUUUUAUGAUUUCGGACAGCCUCGAUGUGCUGAUUGGACUAAUCCUACGCGAUUUUGUAAAGAGCUGGUAUGGCAACAUAAGCAAGAGUCCCACGUUCGUGAAUGAAGUGGACAGGGCGGUGAGGGCAGCACUGGGCGAGAUCCGGGACCGCAUAUUGGCAGUGGACAUGGUGGAAACGGUUGUCUCGCGAUUAAUACCGCUCAUCACCGACCACCUGCGUGCUUCCUACGAGGCAGAGCGCAUUGUGCGGGGACACACGCUAUCGCGAAACGUCACAGACUCGGAAGAGCUGGAUCUUGCGAUAGCAGCUAAGUACAAGGAAGGCCGACUGCACCCUGCAGCUUCAUUGGCAUACUCGAAUACCAAGCCUAUACAACAACAACAUCUUCGAAGCAUUGUCACUCGAUUACUACCCAAAAUCCUGCCUGCGAAUAUGCUGACGAGUUCCGCUGUCAAUGUACUCAUCAAGGAACUUGUGGCCUGCGCAGUGCUGUCGCCUGUGAUGCAGAUGCUUGCGGACCCCGAUACUUGGAAUCAGCUCAUGGAGGGCUAUGGACGAAGCCUGUUACAAGAACGAAAGACUGUCCGCAAGCUGCGGGCUGCUCUUGACGAACAUGCACCACCGUCGCCGAAGCCUACAAACAAUGCCCAGUUCCCUAAGCUCGCGCCUGGAGACAAUGAGCGAAAAUUCGAGAGGUUCAUCCGCGCCAUCAGACAGACAAACACACUUGCAGACGCGCGUCGUUUUCGUAGUGAAGUUUCAAGUCAGCUGCAGAAAGACGCCAUGGUGGAAGGACAAGAUCCUACAUACCUUCGGCGGCUAGAGACAGCGAAGCAAAUUCUUGAUUCAAAGGUUACCAAUCUCAGCGCUGGUGGUUCCGUACGAGCAAAAGUGGCUGCACAGGAAAAGCCUAGGCAUAGGCGGACGGCGUCUAGAUUUGCAAAUGCUUCUCUUCGAGAAGUGUUAUAUGAUGCAUCAGGUCUUUCAUGUUUUAUGGAGUUCAUGGAUCAGGCGCAUCUUAUGCGUCUAGUACAAUUCUGGAUUGUUGUAGACGGCUUUCGAAACCCGCUGGAAGUAGAGACUGACGAUCCACAAGAAUACGUUGGGUCGCUACCGGCAUGGUCAGAGUCAGACCGUGCAGAUCUGGCUCAAAUUUACGAAGGCUAUCUGUCAAAAUCAGAACUCCAGAUCUUACCAGAAGCACGAAAAGCCGUGGGAGAGUUUCUGAAGGCAGGCAGAUCUGCAACGCCUCAGCAAUACUACAAUGCACGGAGUGCACUAUUACGUGCGCAGACUGCAGUGUACGAUCAACUGCAAGAACCACACUUCCGAAGGUUCAAAAAAUCCAACUUAUACUAUAAAUGGCUCGCCAUGGAUGAAGCAGCAAACUCUGGAAGGAGUUCAGUGAAUACGAGGACCGUGGCCCAAACACUGGAUAGAUCAUCCUCAAUAGCACCUCUAAUGUCAAGGACUCAAUCAAAACAGAAGAGCGGUCUACAAGUUCCUCCUGGAAACUUGAGAAGGGCGGUAGCGUCAUCUUCAGACUUGAAGAGCCAGGGGAUAAUGGCGGCCACAGAGCCCCCCGCGAGACGAUCUUUAGACGGACCCUUGUCCCCUCCUCGCGCUCCUCUCUUCGAUGAUGAAUAUGAAACUGACCCAAUGGCGCAAUCGACAGCGAGCCUGGACUCAGACUACGGGCAGGAGCGUCCAAAUGGAAAUAAUUCCCGUGUCGUUGACGCAAUGUCAGCUGCCUUGACCGAUAUUAUGGACGAGCCGGAGGGCUCCAUCUUCUACGAACCCAACCAGAAUUCGCUACACGAGAGUGAUUUAACAAGAGGUUCUGCUGACUUACCAAGGGCACUUUCUCCAAGUCCCUUGGCUCAGCAACGGAAAGACGGCAUGAAACCAAGUAUAGCCUCGUUAGGUCUCGUUGGUGAUCCCAGAACACGAGGCGUAUUCGACGACGACAUUUUUGGUGAUGAGGAGAAGUUCAUCGAAGACGAAAUCGAAGACCCCAUGCCGCACAAUAAGACGGCGGACGAGGAGAUUCAUGAGGCUGCGCCAGGUGACCUGGGCUUGGCAGAGGCCAUUGACGCCCUGACUGCAGAUAUCGAGCGCCUGGUAUCGCAGGAGUCUAUCGUCGACUCGUUGACAUCCAAAGCCGAAUUGACGAACAAUGCCGCGGAGCUCAGAAUAUUGCGGAAAUCAAAGGCCAGCUUACAACGAGAAAUUGAACGGAAGGAACUACAACGACAGCAAUACAUCGUGCAGGAAAGUGACAACAGCUUAUAUGGCCGUGCAAAUGUAUUUAUCCAGUCGAUCAUGGUCGGUACAGAAGAGGAUGGCAAGGAGUACGCUAUGUACGUUAUCGAAGUUCGCCGAGGUGCUGGCGAUCAAAUGCCUGCAGCCACUUGGGUCAUUUCGCGACGAUAUAGCCAGUUCCAUGAACUGAAUAAGAGACUUCGUGCCAAAUUCCCAGAAGUUAGAAAUCUUGACUUCCCGCGUCGUCAAAUGAUGCUCAAACUACAGAAAGAUUUCCUUCACAAGCGAAGAAUUGGGCUCGAGAAGUACUUGAGGGAACUAUUACUUAUCCCAGCUGUUUGUCGCAGUCGUGAGCUACGAGCCUUCCUCUCGCAAGCAGCUAUCAGCCCGGCCGAUGCAAUGAGGAAUCAAGACCCGAAUUCGAACGAUUUCGUAACUCGCAUCUACAACUCCGUCGCGGACGGCAUGGAGGAGUUCCUCGGUAACAUUCCUGUGCUCGACCAGCUCUCCGUCGCAGGUCAGAAUCUUAUAUCCGCGGCCACCACUCAAUUGGCCAACACAAAUGGCGUGACCGCACAGCCAGGCAAUCUCUCCGCCUCUGGCGUCCUUGUCGCAGGCGAAUCCAACACAGAUGCUGAAGCUGAAGCCGAACUUCUCGCCUUCGAAAACAAAGAAUUAGAACCGUUUGUCAAACCGAUUUGUGACAUCUUCCUUGAAACUUUUGAAUUGAACCGCGAGAACAACUGGCUUCGCGGCCGCGCCGUUGUCGUGGUCCUGCACCAACUUCUAGGCGGCACCAUCGAGCGCAAAGUUCGCGAGUCAUUUGACAAUUUGCUUUCAGAAAAUAACAUCGUGAAGUACAUUGACACGCUCAAGGACUCCAUGUGGUCGAAUGGCCGGAUGAAAGUCGGUGUUGGGCGGACGGGCCAGGAUAAGGAAAAGAGUAGGAAGGAGGCGGCGACGGUACUAAACACUCUGGUUCCGGAAUUGGCGUCAAGUGUCGUGGGGAGGCAGAAUGCUCAGUUAGCGGCGAAGAAGCUGGAGGGGACAGUUAAUAAUGCGCGGUUGAAUACUCAUUUGGCCUUCACGCUACUGGAUGAGAUGAUCCAGAUCUUAUUUCCUGAUGUUGUGAUGAAGUAG